CUCUCCUUCCCGGGCUAGCGCUACCCGCCUCACGCUCCUCUCUUGGGGCCGCACCUGUGGUCCCCAUGGCGACGCCCGCACUGGCCCUGGUUUCAUUUGAAGAUGUGGCUGUGACCUUCACCGUGGAAGAAUGGGGACAUCUGGACCUGGCUCAGAGGAUGUUGUACCAGGACGUGAUGAUGGAGACCUGUGGGCUUCUGGCCUCACUGGGGCAUCGCAUUCCCAAGCCAGAGCUGGUCUGCUUCCAGGAGCAUUGGCAGGAAGUGUGGACAGUGAAGAGGGGCCUCUCCCAAAGCACCCGCACAGGUGAAGAAGCAAAAUCCAAUCAUGCCUCAAUUGCCACUGCUUCUCAUCUGGCUUUCUGUUUCCCAGAACAACUGUCACAGAGAUCCUCAGAGGACUCCAAGUUAGGGCAGACCAAGGCUAAAGAAACUUGGUCAGAAAUGCCAGGCGGGAACACAAGAACAACAGACUCUUCCAAGGAGGUGUGUCCUAGAAAGCUGAGUCAUAAACAUGAUGCUUUGGAGACAGAAGAUGGUCUCUGUUUACAAGUCUUACAGGCACAAGCAACUCCACGAGAUUCUGCCCAUAAGCAUGAUUCCCAAAGAUCAGAAAAAGAGCCUGGGAUGGAUGGAGGGGGCCUUUAUCAAUGUAAAGAUUGUGGGAAAGUGUUUAGGACUGAAUGGACCUUAGUAUGCCAUCGACGGAUUCAUGCUGGAGUAAAGCCUUAUGAAAGCGAGGGCAGGGAGAUCUGUCCUGACAUGGCCAACUUUAUUCAGCAUAUGAGGAUUCAUACUGGGGAGAAACUACACACGUGCAUCGAGUGUGGGAAGGCCUUCAAACGCAGUUCUCACCUCACUGAGCACCAGCGGAUCCACACUGGAGAUAAACCCUAUGUGUGCAAAGAAUGUGGGAAAGCCUUCUCCCAUCGCUCCACUUUCAUCCAGCACAAGACGACCCACUCUGCAGACAAGCCUUUCCUGUGCAAAGAAUGUGGGAAGGCUUUUUACUACAGCUCUUCAUUUGCUCAGCACAUGCGGAUUCACAUUGGAAAGAAGCUGUAUGAGUGCAGCCAGUGUGGAAAGUCCUUCACUCACUCCUCCACUUGUGUAAAACAUAGGAGAACCCAUACUGGAGAGAAGCCCUAUGAGUGCAAAGACUGUGGCGAAGCUUUCACUCACCACUCCACAUUUCUCCACCACAACAUGACCCACACAGGAGAAAAGCCCUUUGUGUGCCCAGAAUGUGGGAAAGCUUUUUGUGUCAAUUCAUCCUUCAUUCAGCACAUGAGGAUCCACACUGGAGAGAAGCCAUACGAGUGCAGCGAGUGUGGAAAAGCCUUCACGCAGCGCUCCACUUUCAUAAGGCAUAAGAGGACACAUACUGGAGAAAAACCCUUUGAGUGCAAAGAAUGUGGAAGGGCCUUUUGUGACACCUCUUCUCUGAUUCAACAUAUGAGACUUCACACUGGUGAGAAGCCCUAUGAAUGCAAUGAAUGUGGAAAGGCCUUCACCCACCACUCAGUUUUCACCCGACACACUAGAUCCCACAGUGGAGUAAAACCCCUAGAAUGCAAAGAGUGUGCAAAGGCCUUUUACUAUAGCUCUUCCUUCACCCGACACAUGAGGAUUCACACUGGAGAGAAGCCUUAUGUUUGCAGAGAAUGUGGGAAAGCCUUCACUCAACCUGCAAAUUUUCUUCGGCAUAGUAGGAUCCAUACUGGAGAGAAACCCUUCAAAUGCACAGUAUGUGAGAAGGCCUUUUAUGACACCUUUGCCUUAAUUAGGCACAUGAGAAUUCACACUGGAGAAAAACCCUUUGAAUGCAGUGCAUGUGGGAAAACCUUCAGCCAUAAUUCAUCCUUCAUUCAGCAUCAAAAGAUCCAUACCAGGAUUUAAAAGAUGUGGAACAUUGUUCACCUCCAUCCACUUGAACAAGCACAUACUAGCAAAAUACUUUUCUAUGUUAUUAUCAGGGGAAAUCUUUUUUUUUUUUAAGUGAGAAAUUUUAUUAGAAAGGGGAUGGAAGGGGAAAGAAGGAGAAAAGAGGUAAAAAGACAGAAACAGAAAGGACAGAAGAGGAGACAGAAGUCCUGUC